AUGUCUUCCUCAUUGACUAGUUCACAGAAAGCAAUGUCAGAGACUCCUGCCACUUCGCCAUUCCCUCUGGAGUCAUCUCCUGCACCAGAUGCUUCUCGUGUCUCGGCACCUACUGAAGAUGUCACAAUGUCUGAAUCUACCCAUGAAAAUCAAGAUCAAGAAGCAGAGGAUAACGAUGACGAUGCUAUGGCUGUUGACGAAGCUGUCAUGUCAUUGCCUCUUUCAAAAAUAAAGAAGAUUUUCAAAAUGGACCCUGAUUAUUUUUCGGCCUCGCAGGGUGCUGUUUUUGCUACUGGAGCAGCUACUGAGCUCUUUGUUCAAUACUUCAUGGAACACGCUGCCAUGAUCGCAAGAAUGGAGAAGAGGAAGAAGAUACAAUACAAGGAUUUGAGUGCUGUCGUUUCCACACAAGACGCAUUGCACUUUUUGAGUGACACAGUGCCCAAGACCCAACCUGUGGGCCAGGCAAUAAAGGAAAGAAAGAUUAAUUUGCUGGAUGAAGAUCAAAAGAAAUACGCUGACGCUGCAAACCCUGAAAACCCACAGAGUCCUCAGCAGGUUGUUGAAGAACCUGUUAAGGACCCUGUUCAUGUCUUGCCCAAGGGCCAACAAACGUUAUCAUUCGAACCAGCUAAGAAACCUACGAUAAAAAAGGCUGUUAUACACGAUUUGAUGAGUACCGAUGAUGCGGCUGGAAAUGAUGGUUGA